AUGGAGAAGUACGAAAAAAUCGAGAAAGUAGGAGAAGGAACCUACGGCAAAGUGUACAAAGCAAAAGAAACCUCCACGGGCCAAAUCGUGGCCCUCAAAAAAACCCGUCUCGAAAUGGACGAAGAAGGCGUUCCCCCCACCGCCCUCCGCGAAGUUUCUCUCCUUCAAAUGCUCUCUCAAUCUCUCUACAUCGUCCGUCUCCUCAACGUCGAACACGUCGACAAAAUCCCCAAAUCCGGCACCAAUUCAACCCCUAAGCCCAUUCUCUAUCUCGUUUUCGAGUAUCUCGACACCGAUCUGAAGAAAUUCAUUGAUACUUUUCGUAAAGGAGCCAACCCUAGGCCGUUGCCCACUUCGCUUGUUCAGAGUUUUCUCUUUCAGCUUUGUAAAGGGGUUGCUCAUUGUCAUAGUCAUGGUGUUCUUCACCGUGAUUUGAAGCCGCAGAAUUUGCUGCUUGAUCAACAGAAAGGGAUUUUGAAGAUUGCUGAUCUUGGUCUCGGCAGGGCUUUUACUGUUCCGCUUAAGAGUUAUACGCAUGAGAUUGUUACUCUUUGGUAUAGAGCUCCUGAGGUUUUGCUUGGAUCUACUACCUACUCUACUGGAGUUGAUAUCUGGUCUGUUGGCUGUAUCUUUGCUGAAAUGGUGAGGAGACAGGCUUUGUUUCCGGGGGAUUCUGAAUAUCAGCAGCUUCUUAACAUAUUCAAGCUUUUGGGGACUCCAACAGAGCAGGAAUGGCCAGGAGUUAGCUCUCUGCGUGAUUGGCAUGUCUACCCAAGGUGGGAGCCUCAAAACUUGACAAGAGCUGUGCCUUCUUUGGCACCUGAAGGAGUGGACCUUCUAUCGAAAAUGCUCAAGUAUAAUCCCUGUGAGAGAAUAUCUGCCAAAGCAGCACUUGAUCAUCCCUACUUUGACAGUCUUGACAAGUCUCAAUAUUAA